GUCACUGGCGUGAGUCAUCAGUCGAUCUCUCAGUCCUACAAAAACCCUACACUAUUAACCCCUUUCUCCGUUUACCAGCUUCGCAAGAGUACCAUAUUCAUUAGACAGAAUACAACUCGGGAUUCCUUCCUCCGAAGCUUUUACCCAUUCGCUGCCGAAGAUGAGCCAGUUGAAGGCGUUAUCUGCUUGCUCUGCCGCCACUCUCAUCUCCCAUGGACCCAGACGAGAGGAUUUGGCUUCGGCUUCCGCUUCUACCUUGAAGUUUGGAGCCGGUGCAAGUGAGCUCAAUGGAAGUCCACUGGUUAGCCAACAUUGCAGACUUGUUAAGGCUCACAAAAGUCAAGUAAUCAAAGCAGUUGCUUCCAAUGAUAAAGAAACUGUCUCGGCUGGAGCCACUAAUGGCAGGGGCUUCCGAGGCAAAUUGAACAAGGUUGUUUUAGCUUACAGUGGUGGUUUAGACACAUCAGUCAUCGUGCCGUGGUUGAGGGAGAAUUAUGGCUGUGAGGUUGUCUGCUUCACUGCUGAUGUUGGCCAAGGCAUCAAAGAACUGGAUGGUUUGGAGCAGAAGGCCAAAGCUAGUGGCGCAUGCCAACUAGUGGUGAAGGAUUUAAAGGAGGAAUUUGUGCAGGACUACAUAUUCCCCUGUCUUCGUGCCGGUGCAGUAUAUGAGAGAAAAUACUUGCUAGGAACAUCAAUGGCCCGUCCUGUGAUCGCUAAGGCCAUGGUUGAUGUUGCCAAAGAGGUUGGGGCCGAUGCUGUAUCACAUGGAUGCACUGGGAAGGGAAAUGACCAGGCAUGUGUUCGCUUUGAAUUGACAUUUUUCUCCUUAAAUCCUGAGUUGCAUGUUGUUGCUCCAUGGAGGGAGUGGGAUAUUCAAGGGAGGGAGGAUGCUAUUGAGUAUGCCAAGAAGCACAAUGUACCAGUUCCAGUGACAAAGAAAUCUAUAUAUAGCAGAGAUAGGAACCUUUGGCAUUUGAGUCAUGAGGGCGACAUAUUGGAAGAUCCAGCAAAUGAGCCAGAGAAGGAUAUGUACAUGAUGUCAGUGGACCCAGUGGAUGCACCAAAUGAGCCAGAAUAUGUUGAAAUUGGGAUUGUCUCUGGGCUUCCGGUUUCAGUGAACGGGAAGCAGUUGUCACCAGCAUCUUUGCUUACCGAGCUAAAUGAGCUUGGUGGAAAACAUGGUAUUGGACGGAUUGACAUGGUUGAAAACCGGUUGGUCGGCAUGAAGAGCCGUGGGGUGUAUGAGACACCAGGCGGGACCAUACUUUUCUGUGCUGUGCGUGAGCUGGAGUCACUGACACUAGACCGGGAAACAAUCCAAGUCAAAGACUCACUAGCAUUGAAGUAUGCUGAACUGGUUUAUGCGGGUAGGUGGUUUGACCCCCUUCGUGAGUCCAUGGAUGCAUUCAUGCAGAAGAUCACAGCAACAACUACUGGUUCCGUGACUCUGAAGCUUUACAAGGGAUCUGUCUCAGUCGUGGGACGAACAAGCCCUCAUAGUCUGUACAGGCAAGACAUUUCAUCGUUUGAGAACGGCCAGAUAUAUGAUCAAGCUGAUGCUGCUGGUUUUAUCAGAUUGUAUGGUCUUCCCAUGAGGGUGAGGGCUAUGCUUGAAAAUGGCAUGUGAAGAGAACCCUGUCGUCUCCAAUUGGAUUUGGACAGCUCCAGCAUUUUCCUUUUUCUUUUGGCUGUUCUUAGUCCUUGCGAAUUUGGAAGUUAUGAUGAAAUGGGCUGCCAACCAUAUUCAUAACCGUGGUCAGGAAGAUGGACAAUCAAUCAGUUCUGCUCCUCAGAUUAAUGAUUCCACCUUCAGAGUAGCUGCUUUUGUGUAUUUUUGUUUUUGAACAUCAUGGGAUGGGCAUAUGGAUAUGCUAUCCUGCGUCCCUGAAAUUGGAAGUCAGAAGAUUCAAUACCGAUGCGUUCCUUGAAAAACUGCACUCAAUCGAGUACUAGUAAUUACUA